UCUGUCCCAUGCCUUUAUAAAGUUAUUCCCACCUACCACCCACUCUUCCCUUCCCCCGUCCCAUCCCAUCCCAGUAUCCCACGCCCUCCCCACCUCCGCGACGCCACCCCCCAAAAAAUUCCCCUCGCCUCGGAUUCCCACGCGACCGCGCAGCACCCCCCUGCCCCCCACGCAUCGCCGAACCGGCGCCCCGAGGGUCCGCUUCAGGCUUCGGAGCGCGGGGGGAAGGAGUACGAGGAGGAGGAGAGGAGGAUCCGGUUCCCGUCGCUGCCCAUGUCAGGCCGUCUCGAUCGCCUUGCGCGGCCAUGUUUUGAAGGGUGCUCAAGUCAUGAUGAACGCAGAGACCAUAAAUCAGACUUGGAAAACUCUGAAGAUGAAAAGAAAACUAGAAUUAGCUCUUUGAAGAAGAAAGCAAUUGAUGCAUCAACUAAAUUUAAGCAUUCAUUAAAGAAGAAGAACAGGAGGAAGAGUGGCAGUCGGGUUCUCUCUGUAUCUAUCGAAGAUGUGCGGGAUCUAGAGGAGCUGCAAGCUGUAGAGGCAUUUAGACAAGCAUUACUUUUGGAUGAGCUGUUGCCUGCAAGGCAUGAUGACUAUCACAUGAUGCUGAGAUUUCUGAAAGCAAGGAAAUUUGAUAUUGAGAAAGCAAAACAAAUGUGGACUGAUAUGCUUCAAUGGCGGAAGGAGUAUGGUACUGAUACAAUUGUUGAGGAUUUCGAUUACAGCGAAUUGGACACUGUUCUGCAAUAUUAUCCUCAUGGUUAUCACGGUGUUGACAAAGAGGGUAGACCUGUUUAUAUCGAAAGGCUUGGAAAGGUUGACCCUAACAAGCUUAUGAAUGUAACAACAAUGGAUCGAUAUGUAAGAUACCAUGUGAAGGAGUUCGAGAGGAGCUUCUUGAUCAAAUUUCCAGCAUGUUCUCUUGCUGCAAAAAGGCACAUUGAUUCAAGCACAACAAUUCUGGAUGUUCAUGGUGUGGGGUUGAAAAAUUUCAGCAAAACAGCACGUGAAUUAAUUCAGCGACUGCAGAAAAUCGACAAUGAUAACUACCCAGAGACUCUAUAUCAAAUGUUUAUUGUCAAUGCUGGUCCGGGCUUUCGGCUGUUAUGGAACACUGUGAAGUCCUUCCUUGAUCCAAAAACCACUUCCAAAAUACAUGUUCUUGGGAACAAAUAUCAAAGUAAGGUACUUGAAAUAAUCGAUGCUAGUGAAUUGCCGGAAUUCCUUGGUGGCACUUGUACCUGUCCUGAAUAUGGAGGUUGCCUUAAGGCUGAAAAGGGACCAUGGAAGGACCCAAAUCUACUGAAGAUAGUCCUCAGUGGUGAGGCCCAGUGUGCUCGACAAAUUGUAACUGUUUGCAAUGGCGAGGAAAAAAUUAUUUCCUAUGCCAAACCCAAGUAUUACGCAAUGCGAGGGAGUGACACAUCAACCGCUGAGUCUGGCUCAGAAGCUGACGAUGCUACCUCCCCUAAAGCCCUGAGAAGUUACAUCUCUCAUCCUAAGUUGACCCCAGUUCGUGAAGAGGUCAAAAUGGUCAGGGCUGCUAGCUUUUCUACUCGUCUCCCUGAAUAUGAUGUACCUGUCAUUGACAAGGCUGUUGAUGCUACAUGGAAGAGAGAGCAGCCUCGAAAGACGCCUUUCCCAUCCAAAGGCUCUUCUCUGACUUCCACAACAAGGCCAUCCAAUAGCUCUUGGGAUAAGAUUGUUGCUGCUCUUAUGGCUAUUGUAAUGUUGUUUCGAUCUGUGAAAGAUCUUGCCACAAGGAGAUUGCCAUAUAAGAAUAAGUCAGAAGAAAACUACACGGCAUCAUAUCCAGACUCCAUUCUGGAAGAAGAAUUCCGUCCACCUUCUCCAAGUCCUGGGUUUGCUGAAGCUGACCUAUUUGCAGCAGUCUUGCAAAGGCUGGGAGAGCUUGAAGAGAAGGUUCAUAUGCUUCAAGAAAAGCCUUCUGAAAUGCCUUGCGAGAAGGAAGAGUUGCUUAAUGCCGCUGUUCGACGUGUGGAUGCAUUGGAAGCUGAACUCAUUGUAACGAAGAAGGCUCUGCAUGAGGCUCUUAUCAGGCAAGAGGAACUGCUUGCGUACAUUGACAGCAAGGAGGUUGCCAAGGCUCAGAGAAGGAAGAAACAAAUGUUUUGCUAUUAGGACCCGGAGAGACUCCUGUUCAAUUUCUGCUUGCUGAGAUGAGAUUCCAAAGAUGGCAUCUGAGAUGUAACCCGGAGAGACUCCUGUUCAAUUUCCUAACAUGUAAAUCGACAGAGGUUCUGAUAAAUAAAAUGUGUUUUUUUCA